UUGGUGCAAUCCAAUCCAGUUCAAUCCAGUUAACAUGGCGGCGCCCGCAGCGCGAAAGAAGGUUAUCCAAAAAGAUGACCUAAAACGUUUAAUGAGAGAGCGGAAAGAGGCCUUAAGUCAGUCAACAAAAAAGAUAACAUCUCCGUAUGCAAAAUACAACAGUUUAGGUCAGCUGACUUGUUCGGUAUGUAUGGUCCACGUGAAAAGCGAGACCUUGUGGGCAGCUCAUGUUCUUGGGAAAGCGCACAAGCAAAACGUGGAGGACCUGAAAGAAAGCGCGGCCAAUCGUGUACAGAGUGACAGCAUACUCAGCAAGCGGCGAAAUGAUGCAUCAGGUGAUAACCAAGACGGCAAAAACCGGAGCCUACCGGGAAGUGCCAGCCCACCUCGGAAGAAGACAAAGGGGCCUCUCCUUAUGGCUGAUUACUCGUCGGAUGAGGACAUGGAUGUUAGUGCGACAACACCGAAUUCAAGUUCGACAGAAUCUGCACUCCCAAAAGAUUUUUUCGAUAAAGCGUCUGCAAGUCAGUCAAAAGAAACUACAGCAAGUCAACCUGUGCAGCCAAAACCACAGAUGUCAACUAAAAAGGCCCCUGCAGAAGUUUUGCCAGAGGGCUUCUUUGAUGAUCCCGUCUUGGAUGCAAAGGCAAGGAACGUGGAAUACAAAGACCCAAUUGAAGAGGAGUGGGAGAAAUUUAAGAAGGAAAUUGCAGAAGAAACAACAGUGUCGGAAGCUAUUAUGGCUGAAGAUAUUGAGGAAAGCAAAGUGGAGCGUGACAUCGAGGAAAUUGACGAGCAGAUCCACAACUGGCAACGGGUUGAUCAGCUUCAGCAGAGGAAGGAGGAGCUUAUGAAGGAAGAAGUUGCCGCUAAUGAGGGCAAUCAGGACAGCAACAGUGAUUUGGAAGAUGAGGAGUACGAGGAGUUCCUCAGCUGGCGAGCGAAAGGAGUAUGGAAAGAAUGACUGCGUCCCACCUUGGCUUCUCUUGUCAGGAGUUUCUUCACAAGAGGUCCACUAAUGCCUCUCACACUCAUCCUGAAGCUGUUAGAUGCUUCAGCUAGGCUCUGGUACCGUGCGGCGGAAACUGCCACAGCUUAGUUUCCCCGUGCGAAUUAUGCAGGUUGUCUGAAAAAAGAUUUCCACCAGAGAUGUUCUCAAGUCUAUAACAUGUCGUGUCAUUACGCUGCUGCAACAUCAUUGACACAUCCUUCAUUGCCAUCAUCACACCCUUUGGCUAACAUUAAAGAUGUAUAAAGUGUACAGGUUUGACAA